AUAUAAUUUUCGAAAUUCGAGUAUUAACAUUUUUUUUAUUUCGCGACAAACAAACAAAAAAAAAGGAAAGAAAAUUCGAUCUUUUGUCAUUUUUAUAACAUUUUUUUUUUACGAAGAAAAAAUUAUUUUAAUUUUGUUUUAAAAAAUUAUGGAUUUUGUUGCUAAACAAGUACUUUCUAGUAAAUUGGGAGGUGUUAAAGGGGAGCUCGGCAAAUUGACGACGGCCGAUAAGGAACCUAGCGAGGAAGAAAUGAAAAGAGCCGCCGAGAUCGAAGAAGCGAGAAAGGAAGCAGAAGAAAAAAGGAAAGAAAAACACAAGAAGAUGGAAGCCGAAAGAGAAAAUAUGAGAUCUGGCAUACGAACCAAGUAUAACUUGAAGAAAAAGGAAAUACCCGUGGAUGAAGAAGCCGCUUCGGGUAUGAGCGGCUUGGGUAGGAAAAGGAAAACUCAGGAAGAAUUAGCCAAGGAAAAUCAAAUAGAUGAAGAUAAACCGAUAAUUGAACAAAUAACGGACCAAAUAACGCAGCUAACAGACAGAACGACCAAGGCAUUCAACGAGCAAUGCAGUAUUACGUGAUAAUGAAAUGUUUUCUUUUUUUUAGAAAAUUCAUCCAUAUAUAUCAUUAGUGUUGUUAAACCGCUCCAUUUUGACGAUUUUAUAACUAUGGCUAAAAUCAAGAUAUUACAUAAAAUAUUAUUAUACUUAAACCUCGAAAUUUGGCAAAUAGAUAUCUAAACCUUUCUACUAUUUGUGGGAAAAAUAUUGUAAAACUUGAGCUAUUUACUUUUGGCUAUGAUCUUGAGUUAGCCGUUUAAUAAUAAUCCACUAAAACGAGCCUUUUAACAACAAUAUAUAUGUAUAUAUCACAACAUUCCCAUCCCCAAUAAUAUAAAUAUUUUUUUUUUCUUCUUUAAAUAAAUUGUAUUAUUUAUUGAUGAUCCUGUAAUAAAAUAUAAAAUUGAUAAAUAUAAUCGCAGUCGGAUUUAUAUUCACAUUCCUGUCACCACACAAAAAUCUCUUUUUAAA